AUGUCAGCAAAUUUGGAUAAAGCCUUGGACGAGAUUAUUGACUCCAACAAAAAGCACGCUAGAAAGGCUAAUAAAGCAGGCCCAAGGAAGAUGUCAAAGAAUAUCCGUCGCAAAGGCCCUAUUUCUUCAAGUGCUAGAAAGCCUAUGAUCUCUUUAGAGAAGGCUAGCAGUAUAUUAGAUGCGGCUUAUGCGACGAAGGUAAAUGUCGAGGGUUUACCAAGAGAUAUCAAAGAAGAUGCGGUUAGAGACUUUUUCAGAUCCAGUGUAGGCGGUUUACAAAGGGUGUUGUUGAGUUACAAUGAAAGAGGUAAUUCAACUGGUAUGGCAACAUUGACAUUUGCAAAUGCGGAGAAGGCUCGUGAAGCGGUCAAGAAAUUUAAUGGUGCUCCAAUUGAUGGUGGAAAGUCCAAAUUAAGAUUGAAUUUGAUCGUCGACCCUACCAGAAAGCCUUUAUCAGCUAGAAUCGCUCCAGUUAAUAAAGGCAAGGACAGGGUACUAAGGCCAGUCCCAAGGAGAGACGCUCCAAGGAAAGAGGCUACAAGAAGGGAUUCCAGAGCACCUAACAAGAAAACUGCUAUGGCAAAAGCUGAGAAGAGAAGAUCCAAGCCCCAAAAGAAGUCUUUGGAACAACUAGACCAAGAGAUGACCGACUAUUUUGAAGACUCAAACAAAUAG